GACGUCCGUAUGUGUAUCGCAUAAAAAAAAACUUUAAAAAACCUAUUUUUUUAGCAGAGCAAAAGGUCACAAAAGUUCGUUGAUGAAUCAACCCAUCAUCGUUUGUUUACUUUGGGCGUUGGACUUUCAAUGACAUCAAUACUUGCUUAAUUGUUUCCGGAUAUAAACAGUCACAGUGUUGGUGGUCAGUGGACAAGUUGAGUGAUAAUAGAGCAUUCUGUGGGAGUGUUGCGGGCGUUACUACUACUAUAAUCAAGCAGCUUUCAUCAAUUCAAAGUUCCAGUGUUUUUGACAAAAUGACGACGAAUCAAGGAGUCUACAAGUAUCCAGAUGGAGAUGAGUACAAGGGAGAAUGGCUGGAAGGUAAACGUCAUGGGACUGGACAGCUUAGUCUAGCUGAUAAAUCAACAUACAUCGGUCACUUUGACCAAGGAUAUUGCAGUGGUAUGGGGGUGAUGGCGUUCUCAGAUGGGUCCAAGUAUGAAGGUGAAUUCCAGCAGGGUAAAUUCGAUGGUGUUGGGGUCUUCACCAGGUCAGAUGGCAUGAUGUUUGAGGGAGAAUUCAAACAAGGAAAGGUUAGCGGACUAGGGUUGUUGACCUUUGCUGAUGGCACAAACGGACUUCCACGUAACGAAGGAUUUUUUGAGGGGACAAAGUUGGUAGAACGCCGAAAGACAACAGAUGUUGUUACAAGAGCUAGACAAGUUGGUCAGCGUGCCCGCGCUGUUCAGUUAUAAAUCAAGGUUUAUAUAAAAUAAUGUAGUGACUUUUAACCCCUUAACUUUGAGCGUCUAAUUAACAUGAACUGAAUCGUGAUGGCAUUUAUAUCGAUUGGGAAAGUUUUUGGAGUGUCCUCUUUUAGUUAUGGUCAGUUGACCAGACAAUUCAUUGUGUAGUGUGCACAGAAGUUCACCUCCCGAGUUAUGCUUUGAUUCCUGGCUCAAAAAGGGCAAAGGUCGCUGGAAGUCAAGGUAGUUCAAAGACAUUCCAUUAUUUCUCUAAAGAGGAAUAGGUGUCCUUACUUUGUUAGUCAUGUUUUCACUGUGACAACAAUAUUCAAAAACAUAACUUAUUUCUAAAAAAAAACCGAUUACAUCAAAGGCGUGUGAAGAUAGGGUACUGUACCGGCAUUCCAAGAGCAAUAUAUUAUUUUUCAAUAUAAAAGUGACUUUGUACUCGGUUCAGAAAACUAAAGGGGUCGUUCAAAGCUGUUUGUAAUUUAAUUCCGAAAAAUACUACAGCAUUAAAUGACUUGCUUAAUGACUUGCAUAUCUUACCCGCCCCCCCCCCCAAUCUGUUGUAGUACUGGUUGUAAAAUCAUGAAAAUUUAACCCUUUAUUAUGGAUAGCCCCUCAGAUGUUACUCUCAGAUUUUGUCUGUAUAUUUUUGUAUUGAAUAGAAGCUAUUAAGAGGGAAUUUAUAAUAAAUUGUAAAACCUUAUUAAUAAUGUAAACAAUUAUUGAGAAAAUAAUGGGUUUUUUGUGUGUGUUUGUUUAUCAAUUUUUGUAUAAGCUAGGAUUGAUUUGCUAUUAGGUUACAGAGGCGUUAUGUAAGUCGACUUUCAGAUUAAAAAUUAUUUAUCAGAAAUGUCGAAGUCACAAGAGAAUAGAGAAAAAGCCACACUGUUGUCUGUGAUAUACAGAUUUUGGACCAUAUUUGUUUAACUACUUUUAUAAAAACUACAGCGCCUUAGCCCGAAAUACUUGAUGGAAAGUUUUCCACAAGACCAUUUAUAUACCAUGUUAGUUAUAUAAAGUGCAAACCUGUGAAAACUCAUAUUUUUAAUCUUUACAAUGAGUAUUUUUGUGAAAUUUCCAGUUGUAUGAUUAUGUAAAAUAAUGAGAUUGUAGUUACAAUCAUAAAAAUGUUCUUCUUGGACCAGAAAGAUAUCUCUACAAAUAAGCUGUUUUUACUCUUCUUAUUAUUGUCAAAUAAACACAAGAAAUCAA